GACAUCGUCAGAAGCUAGAGGAGUCUCCUAAAACAGUGCUGUUCUCAGACCGUCUCAGUGAGCUGGAGAGGAUCAGACAGACAACCAUGAGGGUUGCCAUGCCGACACAGUCCCAGCGACAGCCACUCAACGCCGGACCCAACUCCUUCAACCACCAGGGACAGACACAGAUACCAGAUCCUCGCCAGUCUCAGUCAUCUCCUUCCUGGUCGUAUGAGCAGCCCUACCCGUCCUACCUGAGUCCUAUGACCUCCCCGUCUGUCCACUCCACCACGCCCCUCUCCUCCAGCCGAGCCACCGGCCUGCCCAACAUCACUGACCCGCCCCGCCGCAUGCCAGGCUCGUCAGAUCUCAGUCCGUUCCCAGGUCAGUUUGAGCGUCAGUUCCCGGGUCUCUCCUCUCUGACGGAGUCCGGUUUCUCCAGUCCCAGAAUGCACUACCCCACCACCUUUACCUACAACCCUCCCGUCACCUCCGCCAUGUCGCUAGGCUCCGCCCACUACCACACCUACCUGCCCCCUCCCUACCCCGGUUCCACCCAGAGUCAGAGUGGACCGUUCCCGACCAGCAGCGCUCCCUAUCUCUACUAUGGAGCAUCCUCUGGGUCGUACCAGUUCUCCAUGGUUCCCGGGGGGGACCGCUCCCCCUCCAGAAUGGGUCCUCCCUGCACCAGCGCCUCCACCGGUAGCUCCCUGGUUAACCCUAACCUGCCCAGCCAGGCAGAUGGGGGGGUGGAGGGGGACGGGAGUCACAGCAACUCUCCUACCGUACUCAACUCUGCUGGGGGACGCGUGGAUGAAGCUGUCUGGAGACCUUACUGA